AAUUCUAUUAGCUAUCUUGAGAAACUGGACAAACAAAUUGGCGCUGAUGUCAAUUCAGGGCAAUACCAUGGAACUUCAAUUGCAGAGGAUCUGCGGGGACAUCAUACCAUUUUGAGGGACUGCAUUGAACAACUAAGAGCAGUUGAAACAUCAAGGGCGAGUCUCGUGUCUCAUCUGAGAGAGGCUCUUCAAGAACAGGAAUUCAAAUUGGAGCGAGUCAGAAAUCAACUUCAGGCUUCCCAGUCCCGGUCGGAACAAACUCAGAAUCUCUGCCCUCAAUUUCUAAAUGGUGAAAAUGUGCAACCUAUGACUGAGGGGGCCUCAAAAGAUGCUCAGUCCUCAAUCGCACCACACGGCCUUGUACCGAGGGAGAUAGAACAAUCAGCGCCAGUAAUGUAUGCAGCCUCAUUACCUUUUCCUGCAAAACCUGCACCUAUUGAGGAAGAUCCCCGCAAGUCUGCUGCUGCUGCCGUGGCAGCAAAGCUAACUGCAUCGACAUCCUCGGUUCAGAUGCUCUCUUACGUCCUAUCUUCCCUGGCAUCGGAGGGUGUAAUUGGAAAUCCAAAUAAAGAGUUAUCUUGUGACUAUCCAUCUGAGAAGAGGACCAAACUUGAAAAUGACCAGUCACCCUACGUAUUGCCUCCGAGUCCACAGCAGCCACCCGUCUCUUCCUUCCCAAACCCGGAGUCUCUCCAACGUAAUGCCUCAUCGACCAGUCAACAAUACACUCCUCCUCCCCCAUCAUCAUCUCCCCCGCCGAUCCCUCCAUUACCUCCUGUAGUGCAGUUCACACAGAAUGUUGGGUCAGUAAGUAGCAUGCCUUUCAGUUACAGUAUGACACAAUCAUUGCCACCACUGGCGAAACCUGGCUAUCCGAAUGUAGGUGCCCCAGUGACUGGGAUGUCUCCUUUUACAAUACCAACAAAUUCUUACCAGAGUUUUCAGGCUUCAGAUGCCAAUUUCUAUAAUCAGUCCUCAUCAAUGCCGAUGACACCAGUUUCUAGGCCAUAGAGCUGUGUAAUACUAGUCUUACUUCACCUAUUUGUGCUAACAAAUCUUUAAGGAAGUGAUGCUUCCCAUUAAGGCCUAUGAGGAAAUCUUGCAUCCUCGUGUGCUCCUUAAGUUCUGACGAC